AUGGCUGAUAAAAAAUUUAAGCUGAAGCUUCCUGUUGACAAUGAAGCUAAAAAGGUGCUAUUUGCUGAAGCUGGGAAAGAAAUUGCAGAUUUUCUCAUUUAUUUACUUUCUUUGCCUGUUGGCACUGUUGCAAGGCUCUUGGAGAAGAAAAGCAUGGUUGGCUGCUUAGGUAACCUUUACCAGAGCAUUAAAGAGAGGAGGAAUGUUUACAAGUGCGCAUACAGCAGCAAUUCAAAUGUGGCUGAAAAUCCAAAGAUUGUUUGUCCAAGUUGCAACAGGCAAAUGACCAGGGAGGUUCCUUAUUUAACUGCUAGUAGUAAGUCCGUUGGCACAAGUACGGCGGCCGUGGGUGAGGGAGGUUUCGUUAAAGGGGUUGUGACAUACGUGAUUAUGGAUAACUUGGUGCUGAAGCCAAUGUCUACAAUAAGUAGCAUCGCCUUGCUAAACAAGUUUAAUGUGAAGGAUGUUCGUUCUCUUGAAAAGAAGGUUGUUGAUUUUGGCGUUGAAGAGGGCGUGAAAUUGUUGAAGGCAUCUUUGGAAUGCAGGAAUAUAUUAACAAGUGUUUUCCUCUCAAGUAUUGAGUCACAAAAAAUCUCUUCUUGA